AUUGCCUAUGAACUCCCAUAGCCACCCAAGUCACGAUACACACAUCCCAGACAAGCUAUGUGAGCGCACACAGCAGCGGUACCGCAGCACAGCACGGAGCCCGCAGGAAGCAGGAAAAUAACGCGCAUCCCGCAGCAGCCGCCGUGGUCACAUGACCCAGCCCAUUCCAUCCCUUCCUCGCUGGACUCUGAAUGACUUCCUCCGCGCGUUCUGAUUGGCUGUCGGGGCUCCGGUCUCCUCCUCUAUCCCGUGUCUCCAUUGGCUGGCGCCGUGACGCUGUGGUUCGGUGACGCGCUGCCUGUCGGGAUCCCUGUUGUCGGUGUUGGCGGAGGUUCCAGGCGGUGUACUGGGCUGCAGAAAGGACUACAAUACAAACAGGAUUUGUGUCCAGCAGUCUGAAGUUCCUCCUCGGCCCAGACAUCAGCUUAAGCAUGCAAGGCAAUGAAUGAACUCGGCAAGUGGCAUAAAUCAAGAGAGAGUUUCUAGAUAAGUGGAUUUAGACGUGGACUCAAAUCCAGCUGCUGUGAAGUAGUGAAAUACGCCCGAGCAUGUGCUGACCAAAAGAAACUUCUCCGUCAAGACCAGACCCUCUAAGUGCCUUGGUGAAGAUGGGGUUUGGCAUGGAUCUUAAAUUUUCGCAUGAUGCUUUGCUAAAGCUUCAAGAUUGGGAGCUGCGCCUCCUGGAAACUGUGAAAAAGUUUAUGGCUUUGAGAAUUAAAAGCGACAAGGAUUAUGCCUCUACUCUACAAAAUCUUUGCAAUCAAGUUGAUAAGGAAAGUGCUCCUCAGCUUGACUACAUCAGCAGUGUAUCCAAGUCAUGGCUGCACAUGGUUCAGCAGACAGAGCAGUUGAGUAAGAUCAUGAAAAGUCAUGCAGAAGAGCUCAACACAGGACCGCUUCACCGCCUCAAUGUCAUGAUCAAAGACAAGCAGCAAGUGAAAAAGAGCUACAACAGCAUCCACCAGCAGAUCGAGGCCGAGUUGUACAAGGUAACAAAAACCGAAUUAGAAAAACUGAAGUUGAGUUACAGGCAGCUAACAAAAGAAGUGAAUUCAGCAAAGGAAAAAUUUAAAGAAGCAGUGACAAAAGGUAAAGAGUCAGAAAAAGCCAAGGACCGAUAUGACAAAGCCACUAUGAAACUCCACAUGCUCCAUAACCAGUACGUGCUUGCCCUGAAAGGAGCCCAGCUUCACCAGGAUCAGUAUUAUGAUUCCACUCUCCCUCUUCUACUGGAUUCUCUACAGACCAUGCAAGAGGAGAUGAUCAGAGGCCUCAAAGGGAUCUUUGAUGAAUAUUGCCAGAUUACCAGCCUUGUGUCUGAUGAAAUUGUGGCUGUGCAUAAAGAAAUAGAGAUUUGCGUCCAAGAAAUAAAUCCGAGCACCGAGUAUGAAAACUUCAUUGAGAAACAUAAGUCACCAGAGACCAAGAAAGAGGACAUUGAAUUUGACUUGUCUUUACUUGAAGAAAUUGAAAAUCUGCAGGCUAAUGAGAUCAUGUGGAACAGUCUCACGGCAGACAGCUUAAAUUCAAUGUUAAAAACCGCAUCUGAGGAGCUUGCGCAGACACAGCAGUCACUUACCAGUAAAGAGGAGCUUCUGGCUGAAAAAGAGAGAGAGAUGCAAGAAUCUUCAGAUGCAUGUGAAAAUAAAUCUGAUAUUGUGCUGUUGUUAAGUCGAAAGCAGGCUCUGGAAGAGCUAAAGCAGACAGUUCAACACCUGAAAUGUGCGGAAACCAAGCUGUCUGCUCAGAAGGAUCUACUUGAUCAUAAAGUUCAAGAGAAUGAAGGGAAGGAACCGCCUCCUGUAGUAAAUUAUGAAGAGGAUGCAAGAUCGGUAACUUCUAUGGACAAAAAAGAACGGGUGUCAAAGUUUGAUACAUUACGCCAUUCAAUAGCUGGGAUUAUACGAUCUCCGAAAUCAAUGCUUGGAUCUUCAUCAUUCUUUGAUGUCAUUUCCACUAGUGAGAAACCUUUGUCAGAACAAGAUUGGUAUCAUGGUGCGAUACCAAGAGUUGAAGCACAAGAGCUAUUAAAGCAACAAGGAGACUUCUUGGUCCGAGAAAGUCAUGGGAAACCUGGUGAAUAUGUCCUUUCUGUGUUUUCAGAUACACAGCGGAGGCAUUUUAUCAUUCAGUUUGCUGAUAAUUUAUAUAGGUUUGAAGGGACUGGCUUUCCAACAAUUCCACAGCUUAUAGAAAAUCACUAUACUACAAAACAAGUGAUAACUAAGAAAUCUGGAGUGGUUCUGUUGAAUCCCGUCGUUAAGGAUAAAAAAUGGAUCCUCAAUCAUGAAGAUGUGACUCUUGGAGAAUUACUGGGCAAGGGCAAUUUUGGUGAGGUUUACAAGGGAACAUUAAAGGAUAAAACACCGGUUGCUGUGAAAACAUGCAAAGAAGAUCUUCCUCAGGAAUUAAAAAUAAAAUUUCUAUCUGAAGCCAGAAUACUGAAACAGUAUGACCAUGUCAACAUCGUGAAGCUUAUUGGAGUCUGCACGCAGAGACAGCCGAUAUACAUUGUCAUGGAACUUGUACCAGGUGGUGAUUUUUUGACCUUUUUAAGAAAGAGGAAAGAAGAGAUGAAAACUAAACAGCUUGUAAAGUUUUCUUUGGAUGCUGCUUCUGGCAUGGCCUAUCUGGAGUCUAAAAACUGUAUACACAGGGACCUGGCAGCUCGAAACUGUCUUGUAGGUGAAAAUAAUGUUUUGAAAAUCAGUGACUUUGGCAUGUCUCGUCAAGAGGAUGAUGGAAUAUAUUCAUCUUCUGGUUUAAAACAGAUUCCUAUCAAAUGGACAGCGCCAGAAGCCCUUAAUUAUGGACGAUAUAGUUCUGAAAGUGACGUGUGGAGCUUUGGCAUUCUUUUAUGGGAAACGUUCAGCUUGGGAGUGUGCCCUUAUCCAGGAAUGACCAAUCAGCAAGCUCGGGAACAAGUAGAAAAAGGUUAUCGAAUGUCUGUUCCACAGAAGUGCCCAGAGGAAAUUUUUAAAAUCAUGCAGCGGUGUUGGGAAUAUAAGCCAGAAAAUCGCCCAAAGUUCAUUGAGAUGCAGAAAGAGCUUUCUUCAAUCAAAAAGAAAAUUACAUAGUACCAAACCCACUGAUGGACAUUUACUUACCUUGUAGCAUAGUAGUUCUGUUUGGCAUAUUUGUUAAACACACUGCAUUUACCAAAUACUGCCGUCAUCUUGUCUAGUGAAUCUGCAUGUGCCUUUUUACUGAACAGCAUCAUGGUCACCACCUGAAAUCUAACACUUGUGCUCUGUAUGUGCCAUUAAUGUAACGGUGUGGUGCACAGACUCUAUGCCUUCUCUUUGUAUCUUGAGAGAGUUCAAUCUUACGUCUCUUUAUAUCGUCCUAUUGACACCACAUAGAAGAUAAUGGAGUUUUCAUUGUUGACAAUGGCACACAAUCGAUUCUGAAACGUUUGAGAUUUACACUUUGUACUUAAGUGCAGAAAUGUCACUUUCCGUCCAUAGAUACAGUGUAUUUAGUUAUCGUGGACCAAAUGUUACCUUGAAAAUCUGACUUAUGUUGUGAACUUUCUUUUCGUUUGUUAACUCAAGCUCUUGAAGACUUAAAAAAUAAAAUUUAGCAAUAUAUAAAAUAGCAUCUUCACCUGGAAUAAAAAAAAAAGCUACCUGUAUAUACAUAUAAUAUACAAGCCCUUAAAAGGGUUGUCCGGUUUCAGAUGGAAACCAGAUAAAACAGGAGAUCCAUCUACAAUAAUGAAGUGAUCAUUACUUCCCUGGCAGGUACCGCACCGCCACUCCUGUUCUCUGUUUACCCAACUGCAACAGUGAUAUCACUUUGAUAACGCGAUGGCUGCAGCCAGUUAAUGGCCUCUUCGAUGUACCACUGAGGCCAGCGGACACUUGUUGUCGUCAUGAGGACACCAAGUAAGCAGAUCCAUUUUUAAGAUUCUGUUUAGCAGUUAUUAGUUCUAAUUGCUUCUUCUAUGUUUUCCAAAAGUGAUGGUAGAAAGUACAGAUAUCAGUGAUCCUAUAGCAUCGGAUCCCAUAGGGUUACCAAUUGUCAGCUCUUGAAUGGAAAUUCUGCUUAGCCAUGUAGCAUUUAAAGGGCGUGCAAAGUUGAGGAAGAGGAAAACAUUGAUUAUAUUUUUCAUUCUAGGUUGUAAUCCACAGGAUGUUUUCUUUUAAUGGAGGAAUGGCCUGUAGAGUAACUUUUCAGCCAAAUAAAUGUUGUAUUGUUAGAUGUAGAGUACUGCCAGGGGUCAACAAAAGCUCUUGGAUGAUUUUAAGACUUGGUUUGGGUUGGGGA